CCGCGUGGGGGGUGCUCCUCAGGUCACCCAGGCUAAGCAAUGGAUGCCCAAGGGUGGGCAGGGGAGGGAGAGGACGGCCAGGGUCCAGACCCCUGAGUUAGGAUGGGGACAUGGAGGCAGCAGCGGGUUCCAUUCUGGGGCUGAGCACAAGCGCCCUCACCAUACAUACCCGGCUGGCUGUGGGGCGGGACGGUCAGGUGCUGACUCUGCACGGAGACAGAAUGACAGACACACCAGGCCUGUGGCCAGGCAGGGACAGCACUGGGCGGGAGUGCAGGCCCUCACUGUCCCCAUCAGCCUGGAAGAGGCUCCCAGUGGAGACAGGGCAUGGUCAGAUCCAUUGUGCCCUGGCAGGCAGGGUGCGUGGCAGGGGCACUGGUGUGAUGGGCUGCUGGGUUAAUCAUUGCCUUGUGGCCUUGACCCCCUGGCUGUCCCGCCUCUCGCUGCUCCGUGAGCCCUUCGGAGGAGCCAUGGGGAGCUGGGCCUGGGUCCCACACCCCUGCCCCCCAUCCGGGCUGUGCCCACUCCUGUUGCUUCUCCUGCUGCUGCCCUGGAGGGCUCAGCCCCAGGCUGACGAGAACCACACGGAGGCCCCAGGACCCAAUGCUACAGCCAUCCCUGGAGGCCCCCUGAUUCCUGUGACCUUGGUGACUCCCACGACCCCAACAAGGAGUGCUGCAGAGAAAGAGGGGCCCCAAAGUGGGGAGCACCCCAAUCCAGCCAGGCUCGCCCCCUCCAACAGCAGCCUCGGGGGUCAGGUGCUCACAGAGGCUGGGCAGCCCUGCAGGUUCCCGUUCCGCUACGGUGGGCGUAUGCUACACACCUGCACCCUGGAGGGCAGCGCCCACAGGAAGUGGUGUGCAACGACUCACAACUAUGACCGGGACAGGGCCUGGGGCUACUGUGUGGAGACCACCCUGCCUCUGCAGGGCCCAGCUGCCCCGGACCUCUGUGCCUCUGCCCCCUGCCUUAAUGGGGGCAUCUGCUCCAGCUCCCAGGACCCCACAUCGUACCUCUGCACCUGCCCCCCAGCCUUCACAGGCGGGGACUGUGGCACUGCGAAGUGCUUCGAUGAGACCCGUCACGAGCACCUGGAGCCGGGUGACCGCUGGGCCCGUGUGCACCAGGGCCGCGUGGAGCAGUGUGACUGUGUGGGUGGCCAGGUGCGGUGCAAAGGCACCCGUCACACAGCAUGCCUGAACAGCCCGUGCCUGAACGGGGGCACCUGCCACCUCAUCGUGGGCACCGGAACCAGCAUCUGCGCCUGCCCUCCGGGCUAUGCUGGGCGGCUUUGCAACAUUGUGCCUUCUGAGCGCUGCUUCACGGGAAACGGCACUGAGUACCGCGGUGUGGCCAGCACGGCGGCUUCAGGACUGGGCUGCCUAGCUUGGAACUCUGACCUGCUCUACCAGGAGCUGCACGUGGACUCGGUGGGCACCGCUGCCCUGCUGGGCCUGGGACCACACGCCUUCUGCCGGAACCCAGACGAGGAUGAGAAGCCCUGGUGCUACGUGGUGAAGGACCACGCACUCUCCUGGGAGUACUGCCACCUGACAGCCUGCGAAUCCCCGGCCAGAGUCCAUCUGCCGUCCUCCGUGUUCCUGGCUGCGCGGCCCGAGGUGGCCCCAGCCCCACGCCCAACCUGUGGCAGGAGGCACAAGAAGAGGACUUUCCUGCGGCCGCGCAUCGUCGGCGGCUCAUCCUCACUGCCCGGCUCCCACCCCUGGCUGGCUGCCAUCUACAUCGGGGGAGGCUUCUGCUCGGGGAGCCUCAUCCACACCUGCUGGGUGCUGUCUGCUGCCCACUGCUUCUUCCACAGCCCCCCCAGGGCCAGCGUCUCGGUGGUGCUGGGCCAGCACUUCUUCAACCGCACCACGGAGGUGACGCAGACGUUCGCCAUCGAGAGAUACGUCCCCUACCCGCUGUACUCCGUGUUCAACCCCAGCGACCACGACCUGGUCCUGAUCCGGCUGAAGAAGAAGGGCGACCGCUGUGCUGUGCGCUCCCAGUUCGUGCAGCCCAUCUGCCUGCCUGAGCCUGGCAGCUCCUUCCCCGCAGGGCACAAGUGCCAGAUCGCAGGCUGGGGCCACGUGGACGAGCAGGCGAGUGGCCACGCCAGCUCCCUGCGCGAGGCACUGGUCCCCAUCGUGGCCGACCACAAGUGCAGCAGCCCGGAGGUGUACGGCGCGGACGUCAGCCCCAACAUGCUCUGUGCCGGCUACUUCGACUGCAAGUCCGAUGCCUGCCAGGGGGACUCUGGUGGGCCCCUGGCCUGCGAGAAGAAUGGGGUGGCCUACCUGUACGGCAUCAUCAGCUGGGGCGAUGGCUGCGGGCGUCUCAAUAAGCCGGGUGUCUACACCCGCGUGGCCAACUACGUGGACUGGAUCACUGACCGGAUACGACCUGCCAAGCGGCCGGUACCCCCAUCCUAGGCUCUGGGCAGCUGUGCCUUGCCUUCUCACCCCUGCCUGCCUCCAGGACAAUAAAGAUGGUUCCAAACCUGGCUGCACUGC